UUGAGAAAAUUACAGAGAGAGAGGAGCACAGAGCCGGUACAGAGCCCUUUGGUAUGAAAGGCUGAAAAGAGUUUGUCGGGUCCUCCUCCUGCACCUGCAUAUGUCACAUGACAGCUGUUUACCAGGAAGAGAUAAGUAGAGUGCUGAGAAGCAGGAAGUGGAGAAACUGUAGUGAUAAAGUGGUUUGCUUGAGACAAACUUUAGCUUCAAACAACAAAUCCAGCAACAUUUGAAACACAGCACAACUUAGAUGGGGUUGUGUUGGCUGAUUUUACUACUGGCCACGUCCUCGGCCACCUAUGCGUUGGACAACGGCUUGCUGAGGACCCCCCCGAUGGGUUGGAUGGCAUGGGAACGAUUUCGCUGUAACGUGGAUUGCACCAAUGACCCCAAACAUUGUAUAAGUGAGAACCUGUUCAGGGACAUGGCUGACCGGCUGUCUGAGGACGGUUGGAGGGAGCUGGGAUAUGAGUACAUCAUGAUAGACGACUGCUGGACGUCAAUGCAGAGAGACAAAGACGGACGUCUGCAGCCUGACCCCAAGAGGUUCCCAGGAGGCAUUGCUAGCCUGGCGAGGUACGUCCACGACCGAGGCCUGAAGCUUGGCAUCUAUGCAGACAUGGGCUUCCAGACCUGCAUGGGCUACCCUGGGACCAACCUGAGCACCAUCCACAUGGACGCCCACACCUUCGCCAGCUGGGGCGUGGACUUCCUGAAGUUCGACGGCUGCUUUUCCAGCCCUGUGGAGCAGCAGCUAGGGUACCCUCUCAUGUCCAAGGCCCUGAACUCUACUGGGAGGCCCAUCGCCUACUCCUGCAGCUGGCCCUGCUACAGGGGGGGCCUGCCCCCCAAGGUGAACUACACCCUGCUGGGAGAGAUCUGUAACGUUUGGAGGAACUGGUAUGAUGUUCAGGACUCCUGGGACAGCAUUCAGAGCAUCCUGGACUGGUUCUCCAACAACCAGGACGACCUGCAGCCUGCGGCUGGGCCCGGACACUGGAACGACCCUGACAUGCUGAUCAUUGGGAACUUUGGUCUCAGCAUCGACCAAUCCCGUGCUCAGAUGGCUGUGUGGGCCAUCAUGGCGGCCCCCCUCAUCAUGUCUAACGACCUGCGCUCCCUGGAGGCAGAUGCCCGCGCUGUGCUCAGCAACAAGCUGGCCAUCGCCAUCAACCAGGAUCCUCUGGGCAUCCAAGGCCGUCGCAUCCUGCAGGAGGGGAGCCAUGUGGAUGUGUACUGGAGGCCUCUGUCCCACAAGGCCAGUGCUCUGGUGUUCCUCAGCCGGCGCCAGGAUAUGCCCUACCGCUACCGCACCUCGCUGGUGAAACUCAACUACCCUGCAGGCAACUACGAGGCGUAUGAUGUGUUCUCUGGGAAGCUGGUGACGGGGCUGAAGACGACCACACCCUUCACCGUCACGAUCAACCCCUCAGGAGUGUUCAUGUGGUACGUCUACCCCACGUCUUACAACGACAAGCCGAAGAGCCACAGCCGAUAUCGCCUCAUUCACAAAAAGUACAACCUAUCUUUCUCUGAGUCUGGAGUUGGGCCUCACAGAGUUCUUUAAUCCUUCUUGAAAUGUAUUUGAUUCUGAAUUCAGAGACGCCACUAAGAAUUGUGGGCCCAGUGAAGAGAUUGCAAUUUGCCCCUUCCCUCUGUUUUUUCAUUCAACACAUUUUCAUUUCCAAGCUUUUGAGUGUCCUCCCUCAAUUGGGACCCUUGGUAGUCAGUCCCACUUUUACCACACUUCGAAUAGUAAUGGAAGUUUUGUGAUUUUCAUGCAAUCUGUCUAGAAUAAACAUCAGUGAUUUUACACGUUUCACCUGAGGAUGUGAGCAUUGAAGAAUGUUGGAAAACAAACUUCAAUUACUUUGAAGAAUGCUGGUUGAGUGCAUUUUAAUUAGUUAUUAAACUAAGAUUAAAUGUAUUUCAUGUUUUGUUGUCCUUCCACCUUUCAUCAAAAUAAAAUAAAAACCAAAGUUGAU